AAAAUCCUAGUUUAGUUUCCCUGUCCAGGAACAUAUUUACAGACGUUUAAUUUAUAUUAGUUGAAUAUGACGACUGUGGGAUUAAUUUUUGUUUUUUCAUUUGUGGCCUUGAUUUUUCAGCAUAUAAAUGGUGAAAUAUGCGGCGGAGAUUAUGCUGCUGAGUACGUGUGUGAUAUAGGAACAUGUUGUAAAGUAGAUGGUAGAUGGGAUUGUAUCACUGACGAGCAGGACUCAUUUAUGUGUGAAGAAACUAGUGAGACUUCUGGUUGGAAACACUGGCACACCAUAAUCACUGUAGUUGGUGGUAUAUCUAUCUUUGUGUCAAUUAUCGGGUGCUGUGUACGAAUGAGCCGCCAUAAUAGAGCAGUAUCGAGACGCGAUGACGAAGAACGUUUUGUCCACCAGGAAGUGCGCUCAUAAAAACACUGCGGAUGGUUCAAAAACUGACAGACACUGGGGACAAGCAAUAGUAGCCAAAAAUGUUAACAUCUUCCCCUAAAAAAAGUUUGUUCUAUCACAAUUUUUAUUAUGUGAUUUGAGAUAUAAAUAAUCAACGAUUGAACAAUAUUGUAUAGAUAUGUGAGAUAUUUUACUAAUAUAUUCUUUAAGGCAACCACUACUUAAACUAACUCGUUAAUUUAAUUCACUAAAAUAUAAGAACGUAAUUGUAUUUUGAGAAUAUGUGUCAAGGAACAUGUAGCAGCAAACUUGUCUAAUUUUAGAUUUAUUGUUGUAUACGCAUUCGUACCAAAAUAGUUUUUAAUGAAAACAUACACUUCACAUGUACUUCGAAGGGAUUUUUUAUUAGAACAGUAAAGACUUAAAUCAAGUUAUAUGACGUCUACAUGUAUGUACAUUUAAAUUAAAAUUCGAUAGAAAAUAUAAUUAAAUUAGAUUGAAAGUUAGGAUAUGGAACUCCGAGGAAAAUUCAAAAAAUGAAAUGCCAAAUCAAAUGCUCAAACACAACACACGAAUAGAUAACAACUGUUAUAUUCCUGACUUUGUACAGGCAUUUUCUUAAGUAGAAAUAAUGAAUUAAACCUGGUUUUAUAGCUAACUAAACCUCUCACAAUUGAUACUAAAACAUUAACUGAUUUGCACGCCUUCAUAUGUACAGUUGUUUGAAAAAACAGGCAUUUUCUUAAAUAUAAAUAAUGGAUUAAACCUGGUUUUAUAGCUAGCUAGACCUCUCACAAUUGAUACUAAACAUUAACUCAUUUGCACGCCUUCAUUUGUACAGUUGUUUGAAAAACAAGGACAUGCUUACGUUUCCUCGUGUAUAUCUCACAGAAAUGUUCAUUAUAGGAUUAAGCACAUUUUUUCUAGAGGUUAUUGAUGUGUAAACCGGGGCGGUUAACUCAAGUUUGUGAGUUAGAGACCCGGUUUACACAUCAAUAACCUCUAGAAAAAAUGUGUUUAAUCCUUAUAAUUCUUCAGCCAAACAUACGCGAUUAUUAAUUUACAUUAUUACUCUGAUGGCUACUAUAUGUACCAUCAGAAGCACAAUGGCAUGUCGUAACUAAAGGAGUACGCCGCCAUCUUGACAUUUUUAAAAACUUAAAUGUUCGAUAAAUGCAACAGAACCUAAAAUGAACUAGCACCUACCUCAAAAACUUUAUUUUAAUUACAUACUAUCCGAAUUUGAAGCGUACAAGUAACAAAAUAAUGUUCCGUCUGAAAGUUUUUAAUCGUAUGACGUCGUGUUU